AUGAUUUUGACACCAGCGGUUGUCACAUGAUAACGACGGGUGUGUAGGCAUCUCUCGACUUUUCGAUGCGGAGACUAAAGAUUUGUUAAAAAAAAAUCGGGGUAUUUGAUUUUUCCGGAAUAUCGAUUGUGAUUCGUGUAUUCUGAGAUCUUUCGUGAGUCAUAUUGUGCAUACGGUGAAACUUAAUUUCGCAAUCAUGAGGCACAUUGUAGGUACCACUUUCGCGGUCACGGCCUCCACUACAAUUAUUAUUUUAGUUUUAUAUUAUGUACUUACUGGCAAGGGAGAGCAAAUUAGUCUUGCGUGGUUCUUAACGAAUACUUCCCCAUAUAUGUGGUCUACCCUGGGUAUAGGUCUGGCAGUGGCUUUGUCUGUAGUUGGUGCAGCACUAGGUAUCCAUACGACAGGAGUAUCUAUUGUUGGUGGAGGUGUGAAAGCACCUAGAAUCAAGACAAAGAAUUUGAUCUCUGUGAUAUUUUGCGAAGCUGUUGCCAUUUAUGGAUUAAUCACUGCCAUUGUCCUAUCUGGAAUGCUUGAAGAAUACAAUAUCAAUAAGCCAGGUGUCAAUAAGGAAGUUAUUUUAUCUUCAAACUGGAUGGCUGGAUAUGUAAUGUUUGGUGCUGGUUUAGCUGUUGGAAUGGUCAAUCUUUUCUGUGGCAUAGCAGUUGGCAUUGUUGGUUCUGGUGCAGCUUUAGCUGAUGCAGCUAAUUCUGCUCUUUUCGUGAAGAUCCUUAUUAUAGAAAUCUUUGGCUCUGCUAUAGGACUCUUUGGUUUGAUUGUUGGCAUAUAUAUGGUAUCUAAAGUGAAGAUGGGCAACGUAUAGAUAUAAGUUAUAAGAGAGCAAGUGUUGACGUAUUAUUGGGAUCAUAAUAAUUCCAUUCCACAUUUAGUCAAAAGAUUCUAGAUGAGUGACUGUAUAUCUUUGAAAUCAUUGUCCAAACUUAUGAAUUUUAUAGGUACCAAUGAGUGUGAAAAUUUGGUAUAUUACUGCCUGUUGCUAAUUUGGAUUGUAUAAUCUUUACAAUGAUCUAAUUUAAUAUCUGUCUCAAUAUCUAUAGUUAUUAAUGUGGUGUACGUUAUACUGUUUCAGACAAAUCUUCCUGCUUGUGUUGUGUAAUAUAAAAUAUUGUCCAAAAUUAAAUAGAGAUUGCAACAGGUGCCAGUUUUUAGAAACCAACAUAAUUUUCGUUUCGUACUUUGAGUGCGUUAUAGCGCUCGUUUUUGCAUAAGUCAUUGUAUAUAUUUUUUUGUUAAUAUGAGUAAUGUAAUAGAAUAAUAUAAAACAGUACUUGUAUUAAUUUAUUCUCCAUAUGUAUUACUCAUUGGAAAAAUUGUUGAUUAAAAAUUUAUUGGUUUAAAAAUUAAUGAAAAGUCUUAUAUAAAAGUGUUAAAAAUAUUUAUUCAAUAUUGUAUAAAAGUUUCCCAUUAUCAAAGACAACUAUAAUUACUUUUACUUUGCAUUCAAAAUAUCAAGGAACAAAAUUUGUCUCCACUCCAGGCACAAUAACAUGAUUAUAAACAUUCUUGUACGAUAA